AUGAGCGAGUAUUUGCGCUACUUCCGGUUCCGUGAGCGCCUGGUGACCCGGGAGAGGAACUACAGGCAGAAGAACAAAGACACGCUGGGAGUCUCAGAUACACAGAAGAUGAGCUCAGAAAAACCAGAAAAACCACCAUUACCAGAAAAUGGCGUGGAGGUGGGGCAGGAGGCGGGGCCUGUGGCAGUUCCUGAAGCCCCAUUGGACAGCGUGCGUGAUGGGUGGGAUAGUAAAGUGGAGUAUUUCCUGGCUCAGGUGGGAUUCAGUGUUGGACUCGGAAACGUGUGGAGAUUCCCCUACCUGUGUCACCAGAACGGAGGAGGAGCAUUCCUGCUGCUCUACAUUGUGUUGAUGGUGGUGGUCGGUGUGCCGUUGUUUUUCCUCGAGCUGGCGGUGGGUCAGAGCAUCAGACAGGGCAGCAUCGUCUGGAGACACAUCUCACCAAAACUUGUCGGGAUUGGCUACUCCAGCUGUGUGGUGUGUUCCUUUGUGGCGCUGUAUUAUAACGUAAUCAUCGGCUGGAGUAUUUUUUAUCUCUUUAAAUCGUUCCAGAGUCCGUUACCCUGGGAGAACUGUCCUAAAGAGGGGAACGCCACAGUACGUGAGUGUGCUGCGAGUUCUCCUACAUCGUACUUCUGGUUCCGUAAAGCUCUGGAUAUUACGGACUCUAUUGAUGAGACAGGAGAGUUUAACCUGAUCAUCACCGGCUGUCUCGUUCUCGCCUGGACCAUCGUCUGUCUCGCCAUGUUCAAGGGCAUCAAGUCUUCUGGCAAGGUGAUGUAUUUCUCCUCCCUGUUCCCGUACGUGGUUCUGCUGUGUUUCCUGAUUCGAGGUCUCACGCUGACGGAGCAGCAGAGGGGACUGAAGUACAUGUUCAGUCCAAGGUUGGAGAUAUGGGGUGAUAUACAGGUGUGGCGUCAGGCGUUCACUCAGGUGUUCUUUGCUCUGGGUUUGGGUUUUGGCUCCAUCAUAGCGUACUCCUCCUACAACCAGCGCAAUAAUAACUGUCACCGUGACGCCAUCACCGUUUCCACCAUCAACUUCCUCACCUCCAUCCUCGCCUCGCUCGUCGUCUUCUCUGUGCUGGGCUUCAGGGCCAAGACCUUCACCAAGACCUGCAUCUCACAGAAUCUGAAGCUGUUAUCUGAAGCGAUUUCGUCCUCUGUUACUCCACCCCCUCUUCUCAUUAACAUAUCGGAGGCGGAGUCUAUUUCCGUGGAGAUGUAUAAACGCUGGUACGACGUGCAGGGCAAUCAGCUGAACCUCACCGGCUACAUCAUCAGCAACUGCAGCCUGGAGGACGCCAUGAACAAAGGAGUGGAGGGCACGGGUCUGGCAUUUAUAGCCUUCACGGAGGCGAUGACUCUGUUCCCCGCAAGUCCGUUCUGGUCAGCACUGUUCUUCCUCAUGCUCCUCAACCUGGGACUGUCCACCAUGUUCGGUACCAUGGAGGGGAUCCUCACCCCCCUGUCUGACACGUUCUCCUCACUGAGGAACCACAAACUCCUCUUCACAGUGUGUAGCUGUGUGCUGGCGUGUGUGACUGGUCUGCUGUUCACUCAGCGCUGUGGGAAUUACUUUGUGGUGAUGUUUGAUGAUUACUCCGCCACACUGCCGCUCAUCAUCGUCGUCGUGUUCCAGACCAUCAGCGUCGCCUGGGUGUAUGGAGCGGACAGGUUCCUGCAGGACAUCAGGCAGAUGCUGGGCCGGCCAGUGUGUGUACUGUAUAAGUUUCUGUGGAAGUAUGUGUGUCUGUUUGCCAUGCUGACUCUGCUAGCAGCCAGUCUACUGAACAUGUGUUUUAAACGACCACAAUACGUCUCCUGGAACAGAGAGAUGGCAUCAGAGGUGAAAUUGAUGUAUCCUGAUUGGGCGUUGGCCAUGCUCUCAUUACUCAUCAUCAUUGCAGUACUUCCUGUUCCUCUGGGUUACGCCCACUCCGUGUUACGGCAGCGUUCCAGUCAGUCAGCUCUCAGCGCUGAGGCAGGAUACGCCCCCUGCAGCACCACGGACACUGACUCCGCCCCUCUGAACACACAGCUCAACGCCGAACUGAAUCCUGCGUCUUCCCCAUUGGCUGAGGAGGGCUACAGGCUCCUCCCACAGACAGGAGAGGAGGAAGGGGAGGAGUCUACGAGAGUAUGAACUGGAAAGAAGGUUAUUGUUGAUAUGUUGCAGAAGAGAGCAAAACACACACACACACACAAAACUGCUACUUUAAACUCUAUACAAUCUGUUCAAAGAUUUAUUUCUUUAUAAAUUUAUAGAGCGGGAACAAA